GAAGGAGAGAUGGUGUUUGAAGGAUGCUUGUGUGCAGCUGCCUUAUUUAACUUGGAUUUUCGCUGAACAAGCCGGUGAUGCGCGCCAUGGCUGCUUCUGUGUGCUGCUGCAGGCUUGCUGCUUGCCUGGAGGUGCCUGCGAGGACCGGCAGCUGCUCACGAAAGCCAUGGAGGCUGAUAACAAUAUAGCGCCACUUCCGUCCUCCCCUGUCAGGUACGGAGCGCCGUGUCCCUGCAGCUGCCCCUGACUGGCCAGCUGACGCUCCUUGAUGUCUACAGGGCCGUGGUGAGCCAGGCGAGGAGUCAAGUCAACAAGCCACGACCUCCACACUACCAACAACAUCGUCAGGGAAGCAGCCAGCCACCACCAUCUAUCCUGCCACUGUCAUCAACAUCCAGUUGGGACCCCUCAAGAGACCUGCCCAAGUGUUAGUUUGUGAUGGAGGGGCAGCUGCUGAUGGGCAAGCUUGGGGAUCUACUGGAGGAGCAGGAAGAACCUGGAGGGAAUGGUGGAAGUGAAGUACUUGAAGAAGCUCCCUACACUCACCCCCAAGGAUUCCUUCCACCUUGACGACUGGUUUUCUGCUGUACAGACUACAGACCACUGGCCGCUGACAGGGUGUGACAUCAAUAUCCAACACCUGUGGUAUGUGCAGGAGCUGGCAGAGGGGCAGGGUGACAGGGCCCACUGCCUCACCAUCCCUGCCCACCAUGCCCCUGACAAGUUCGUCACCUGGGUACAUGCUCAGGCACCCCUGCAGUUAUUCUCUAGGCGAGGACGACAGUUGGAAUCCGUGUGAGAUAGUAGGCCGGCCCAACUUCCAGUAGUGAUGGAUGGGGAGGCAUGCCUGGUGUGUCCUGGGAGCAAUGUGUUUGAUGAGGCUCUGGGAUGACUGAAGUGUGUCUGGUGAAGGAUUAUGAAGGGUAUAUGCUUGUGUUCUUAAAGGCUUAACGUCUUUAUCAUGGCAUUCAGUAGGCCAUAGUGGAAGUUGUGGGGCUUGACAUUUGUAUCACAACAUUGAACAGGCCAUAUUGGAAGUUGUCAGUGUGUGAGUGAUGAAAAUGCAAAAUUGUAGGUGUCAGAUUUUGUUUACUUGAAAAUUAACUCUAUGCUGUAAUUUUUUAUUUAUUUUUUUCUUUGUUUUACAUAUCUUAGAUGAGUUUAGUUUUUGUCAUUAGUAUAUCCAGCCUAUCUAUCUGUUCAUCUAACACCUUCAUCAGUGCACAGGUGGAGAGUGUGAGGGUGACAGUGAGAUGAUGCCUUGCAGGGUGCCUGUCUUGUGCCUCUCUCUGUACAUUGAUGCCUAAGAGAACAUUUUGGUCAUAUCCUAGUCAGAGAAUAGGUGAACUAUACCUGUGUGUGUGUGUGUGUGUGUGUGUGUGUGUGGCCAACACUAUGUAUGUAUAUAUUUAUUGACUUUACAAUGGUGUUUAUUGCUCCUGUUUAUUAUUAUUCAUUCUACAGUGGUGUUUAUUGCUGCUGUUUUCACUUUGUGUUCAGAUUUUCAUGUGUAAUUUCUCUCUGUAUUCCAUUUGAUGUAAUUACAAUAGUGUUCAGUGUAUAGUCCUGUUCUAAGUAGUUAUGUUGUAACUCCAAUCAUCCAGUGCCAUGCCUGAACUAAUUCCACUCUCAUUUUGUUGGAAUUCAUUCAUUCCUCUUCAUUAUU